CGUACCCUCUCCUCCAUUUGGUACCGUGAUGUUCAGUGAACGUGUGACGCGUGUUUUAGAGACCAUUGGGAACCGUUCGCGGUUCUUCACCACGGUUUUCCUGGUUUCGACGUUCGCAGCAAGUGUUUGGACGGAUAAUUCCACCGGUUCCGAGGGACCGAGUUUUACUGUGCCAAUAACAAACGUGACGAUCCCAUUGGGCAGAGAAGCUGUACUCGCUUGCGUUGUUGCAAACCUUUCUGCCUUCAAGGUAGCAUGGUUGCGAGUGGAUACACAAACUAUUUUAACAAUAGCUAAUCACGUGAUUACAAAGAAUCAUAGGAUUGGAGUAACGCAUACUGAGCGCAAAACAUGGCAUUUACACAUACGCGACGUGAGCGAAUCCGAUCGAGGUGCCUACAUGUGUCAAAUAAACACCGAUCCGAUGAAGAGUCAAACCGGUUACUUGGAUGUUGUAGUUCCGCCCGAUAUUUUAGACUAUAUGACAAGUACGGAUAUGAUAGUCAGAGAAGGAAGCAACGUUACAUUACGUUGCGCUGCUAAAGGAUCUCCAACUCCAAAUAUUACAUGGAGACGAGAAGAUGGAGAAACUAUACUCCUUGGAAAUGGCGAAGAAGUGAGAAUUGUGGAAGGAUUUAUUUUCAAUAUCACUAAGAUAAAUCGAUUGCAAAUGGGUGCAUAUCUGUGCAUCGCUUCAAAUGGUAUACCACCUACAGUCAGUAAAAGAAUAAUGCUUACAGUACAGUUUAGUCCAAUGAUUUCAAUUCAAAAUCAAUUGGUCGGAGCACAAGAGGGACAAAGGAUGACUUUGGAGUGUAAUUCGGAAGCUUUCCCAAAGUCGAUCAAUUAUUGGACAAAGGAAAACAACGAAAUUAUAAAAAAUGGAGAAAAAUACAACCAAACUUUCUCAUAUAAUGAGUAUAAAGUACACAUGAAACUUACGAUAUCAUCGGUGGAAAUGUCCGAUUAUGGAACAUACAAAUGCAUAUCAAAGAAUUCUCUAGGGGAAACAGAUGGCAGUAUUAAGCUGUAUCAUAUUCCAACACCAACGACACAGCCGAGAACUACAACUACUACUCCUGCCUCCACUAGUGAAGAAGUUGAAAAUAUUCAAAAUUCUCGACAAAGGCCAGAACCGAGUGUAGAACCUAGUCCACACCAAAUAACCGAUUCGUCGUUGCCUAACAUCGAUAGAACCGAUGAUAUACGGCUUCAUGGUAGGGCGAACAGCGGUAGCUAUAACGAUGGUGAAAACGCUGUAGUAACAAAAGGACGAAAAAGCAUCGACGGCGAGGUACGACCACGAAGAAUCGACAACACGGCACAAUCGAUGUCAUCCAGGGGUUCUAGUUCGAAUUUUCUGGUACAAUCUACAGCGGCCAUCUGCAUAAUCCUACUAUCUGCCCUGUCGUAGUCAUGUCAGUGUCUACCAGCGAAAAGAACGGUUAUUCGAGGAAAAUCCUUCGGGGAUCAAGAUUCGUCCUGUUCAUCGUCAUUUAUCUCAUCCGCGAAAGGGAUCAAUUAAUGGGUGUGCUUCGAUGCCGCAAAUUUAUCGACAACUAUUGCCUUUGUCGUCGUUGUGACUGAAAUCAACGAAACAGUUUUUCUUGAUGCAAACUUUGCAUUAAAGUUUGCAAAUUAGGCGAUUAAUGGAAUUUCUAGUAAUACCACUGACGAGAUACUGCGCCUCGUCGGUGAUAAUACAUUUGAAUACUUGUACCAGAUAUUCGGCAAUGUGAUUACACCUUUGCGUAUUCGCAGAAGUUCGUAGACUCUAGCUGUAACUCAACAAAUUGUACAAUUCACUUAGUAAUCUGCUCGUUACACGUAAUUCAUCUGUAAAUAAUCAUUUUAAGUUUUUCGAAAAUUUAGACUAUAAUUUAAGUUCAAUAGCUAUUGUUUUCCUAACUAUUCUUAGUUAUUCUUUUUAGAAAUGCAGAUAUUAUUCUGUGUCCAAGAUUCGUAUAUAUAUAUGCAAUAAUUAAUUUAUAUUCAAUUUUCUUUCCAUUGUAAUCUAUGUUAUUUUAGUAAUAGAACAAUUAAUUUUAUUUGUAGAUCUCGUUUAUUUGUAACGCAUAUUAGCUUGAUUACACUCAACCUUCGUAAAUGAAGGAAUUUAUAAAUAUGGAGUAUUUUAUAUGCUUUACAGUAAAAAGAAAUUGUUUUCUCUAGAAAUCAGCAGUAACCAUAACGGUAAAUCUAUUGAAUUUGCUAAUAUGAUCAAUAAAAGACAGUAUAAACAUAUUGGCUUGUUGUAAAUGUAGUCGAAUACAAACUUUUAUAUAAAAUUUAUGUAUAUUAAUACUCACUUUGACGUAUUAGUAUUUGUUAAAAAAUGGCAACCAAGAAACAUUAACAUUAAUAUUCAAUAAUAUUCAUAUUUUCAUUCCUCUUAUUCGAUAAAGAAAUCAUAAUUACUGUUAUUGACAUUUCAUCAGUUCGAUCAAUAAGCACCAGAGGCUUUUGAACAAUUAUAUGUACAGAAUACGAUUUAUUUAUUUUAACAUAUUUAAAACAUUAAUUAUUAUAAGAGGAUAUCGUUUGCAAUAUACUUUUAUACAGUAGAGCCGCGUUAAUUGAAUGCGAUACGGAUUCAAUGACUUGUUAGAAUCAAUGAAUCCAUAGAAAGUAUUUAGAAAUUAGAAUGAAUAAAAGAAAUUAUUGUUGAUCGAUGAUUUGUCGCUUCGAAGUGAUAAAUUGAAGUAAGUAAAAUCUUUCUAAUUGCUAUUUUCUUGAAUCGAUUGAAGGAGUAGAGAUAUCUGCUGUCAAAUUAACGAAUCCGUCCAGGGCGUGCAAUUAUCACGGCCCUAUUGUAAAUCAGGUAUAAUAUACUGCUGACAUGUCAUGUUCUUUCAUUCAUACAUAUACUCGUAUUGAGCUUGAGCAAUAUUUAGAUAAAAUAUUUGAAAAGUAAUUAUUUCAAUAUCACCCUACUUGAUUAGAUACUGUUUCUUAUGCUUACUGAUACAUGUUUCCCCUUAGCUUUUAAUAUAAGCAAAUAAUUUUUCUCCAAAUUAUUUAAUUACUUAUUAAAUGAAAUUUUUAUUCAUUUUCAUAUGUUGCAUUCGUGUAAAUAUUUCGUGGAUUAAUAUUCGAAAUAAUUUCUGACUUUAUUAUGUCAAUAUUAUCAACUACGUCAGAAAUACUGAUAUUUUUCACAGUGUUUCGUGCGCGUAUUAUUUAAAAAUAACUGGGAUUAAAACAAUUCCAUAACAAACAUAUAACAAAUUUUGCGUUUGUAAAAUAAUAUUCAGCUAUAUUAUUUAACAUUAUAUAUAUAUUUAUUAUUUAACUUAAAUAUAUGCACGAUAGGAUAUUUGAAAUUGAAACGAAUCGAGAUAUUGUACAGAUAAUUAUGAUAUAUCUGAAAUGAAAAUAACAAAGUAAAUGAAAUGAUUCGUUGUUUGAGAACUUUUUAUUUUUAUUUUGAAUAAAAUUUGCCCGACUCGGACUUGUAUAUGUUUCAUAGUAUCGAAUAAUUUAUAUUGUACAGUGUUGGUUCUGCGGCAACAAUCAUGUAGUUGUUGCACUUGCACUUCGCGUCAACGUUUCGUGAACAUUGCAGUUUACUUCUUCAGGGUAGUUCUAAAACUAAGGCUUUCAAUUUAUUAAUUUUUAAUUAUUUAUUCAUUUUUAAGGGUUCUUCAUUUAUACGGAGCGAUGUCCCGAUUGGCUGAUUAAACUGAUGAUUCAACUUGAAUGUUCCACCCGGAUGCUCACUUCGUAAAAUCUAACCGGAAGUCGAUUGACCAAUCAAAUUAAAAGAUUGGGACAACGGGCUGUCGUAUCGGGUUAACGUUAUAACCGCUGUGUCCCUGUGUGUACAAAUUGUUCGAGUGUUUCAAAAUUUCGGUUGUUUAGCGGUUCUUUCUGAAGAAGUAUGCAGAUAUUUUUGCAAUGACCGUUGUUUUUUCGAAUCAUAUGACAUGGUCUGUCUCGAAAUGAUAUGAUGCUGGCUAAUCGACAAAAAUGUUUCAAGCGAAUUUUGCUCCCGUGUUCUGUCAAUGUAAAUGGUUGUGCUUAGUUGAGCUCAUUAUCAGUAUAAAUGGGAAGAACGGGACUUGCAACCCUUAGUUUCAAGUCUGUCCUGAAGAAGUAAACGACAAUGUCUAUGAAACGUUGACGCGAAAUGUAAAUGCAAAGUGUAAGUGCAACAACUACAAUUGUUCUCGAAAAAUGUACAUCGUGACAUCUAAAUCUUACUCUUCAGUUUAAUUUAAUGACUGAAUAUAUCAAUUCAUGAUGAAAAGAACAGAAUUAAAAUGCAAUUCAUAAAUAUGAUUCUGAAUAUUUUAUACAACGAAAAUCUAAUAAAUUAAUUUGUUUCAAGAUUUUUUAUAAAUCUCGUUUAUAGCUUAGAUAGGUUAAAGAAACGAGUAUUGCAAGAAAUAUAGUUGAAAAUGUUUUUUGAUCGUAGAUUUCAAUUUCUACUACUGUAUAGAUUACAAACAAAAUUCAUAAAUAUGACUUUGAAGGCCAAAUAACAAUUAAGUAUUACACGGAGAUAAGUAUUUUUAUAUUUCCUCAUGUCGAAUGUCUUAUUAUUUCAAAUCUUAUGAGAUUAAAAUCUUAAUAGCUGCAUACUUUCAAUAAAUAAAUUUUAUAUGUUCCAUAUUCUAUUCAGAAUAUAUAUAUUCAGAAUAAUAUAAAUAUAAUCUCUUAACUUCAAACUUUAAUUUUAUUAGUUCGAAUAAAUUAAUUGUUUCAUUGAAAUACCGGCUUUACUAAUUGCACAUUUCUUUUACAGCUCAGGUAUUCUAUCGUAUAAUACUCAGUUUGUAACUAGCCAAUCUUCGAAAGAUUGUAUGUCGAGUAAGUGCUUAAACAGAAGAAAACUUUUCUAAAACUUCUUUGUUAUAUUGUUUAUUAAUUCACUGUUAAAAAUUAACGCAUUCACACGUGGAAAUAAGAUGUGGUUUUUAUUACUAUUAUAGAGCAGUGCUUUUAAUAUUUCUUUGUUAUAUAUAGUACUUUUGAUUGAUUAUAUUAACUUUAAGUAGUAAAAAAAAUAAAUAUUCCAAAAAGGAUGUAAUAUAUCGUUGCGUCUUAUUUUAUAUUUAAUACUUCUAUAUAAUAUUGAUUGUAAAUAUUAAUAAAUAAACAAAUAUAUUUGAUUAAAGAAAUAAAAAUUAAAGAAUAUUCAUAAUAUUCAAAAUUGCAAAAAUUAUGUACAUAACCAGUGUUACAUAUUUGAGUUUUCUAAUUCGGAUAUUUUGAUAAGUACCUAUUAAAAUAAUAAUGAAAUUUUUACUAUGUGUAUGGAAAUAUUUUACUGAUGAAUUUAGUAUAGUAGUGUUUUUGUUAUUUAUUAUUAAUAUUAUCUGUGUAGAAUAUUUUUCUUUUAUUUGUUAUAGAAUUUUAAUUGUUCUUGGUUAUAAACAAAUUUAUCAAUUAUAAUGUUCAGACAAAUGAAUUAUCAAACAGGAAAUAUAACUAACACUGCUCUAAACGAAAAAUAUUCUAAGCAAUUUUUAUUUAUUUUAUGCUCGAGUAUCGUAUAACGUUGCAGACUAUCCUCUUGACAUCGUAGGCUCUCCUCUUUAUCUGCUUUGCCCAAUAUUAUCGAUUUCUCUCCUUUCUUUCGUUCUUUAUUCGUCAGGUGAAAAGCCCUGAAAUCAUACGCAUCGUUAGCCAAAUGAGAUCCUUUCAUUUCCAUCAGUUCUACAAAUGGAAAUGAUAGAACUCCUUACUGGUACACUUUCGUUCAACUGUUUUGCAGAGCGUUUCUUGUAAUUAUCAAAGUGACGAUCAUCGUUAAUUGUAUGUUUUACCUGUAGAUGUUUCCACUUUUCUAACAGCACUAUAGCACUACUUAUUGAUAAAAAUUAAAACUAUUACCCGGAAUAAUUCUCUUUAAGUAGAUGAAUGUUGUAGACUUAUAACUCAUACUAUGAUAAUUCAUUUCAAACGUCAAUAGUAGUUUAUGUACUUCGUUACCUGAUGAGUUAUACUAAUUAGUUACCUAAUUAGUUAAUGCAUAUUCGGCCUAAUCGAUGUGUAAUUAAAUUAGUGUAGUACCACGCGCAAACCCUAAGUAUAUACACAUUACGCAAUACACGUACUUAUACAUAGUUAUUGCGCAAUGGUAGAUUACCAGAAAAAUAGCGUAAACCAAUACAUUGUUUCUAUAUUGAUUAAUGUAUUUAGAAUCACAACAAAAGCGUAAUCGCUAAAAGAAAACUUUGUAUAAUUCAUGUGUACAUGUAUGUGUAUACAAAUGUGUAUAUGUUAUAUUAGGAUAAGUAGUCGUAUUGAGUGUUUGAAUGGUUUGACGGAAUUUGUUGUGUCCGAGGAAAAUAAAACUGAAACAAGAACAAUGUGUAAAAUCCAACAGGAAAAGUUACAUGUACAUUUUCCCUUAGAAGUAAUAUAUCUGUACAUAUGGCAAAUAUAUGGUAUGUAAUAGGAAAGUAUUGAAUCUGAACUAUAAUAUAACAUAUAAUUGAAUUUGUAUAUAUUAAAGAAUGAUCUACGAUCAUACAUCGAAUGAAUAGAAACUGUUUGUACAUAUGCAGUUUAAGAAAUUUAUUGCUGAAUUAAAUUUCUUUGUAUAUACUUCAUAUAUUUUAAACCAAAUAAGAAGAUCAUAAUGUAUAAUUCUCGUCUAAAUUAUUCUAGAUUUUAAGAAAACUAAUUUUAUUUCAAAAUUUAUGUCUCGUUGCUUGUGUAAAUACUAAUACUUGUAAUCGCAGAACUAUUUGUUCAUGCAAUAUUUUUUAUUUUUCAUUUUACUUGUUCUAUGUACGCAUUCCAAUAUACAAUUAUCAACAUCUACAUUCAAGAUUGUAAAUAUUACUUAUGGAGAAGUAUUGCGUACGUGCACAUCUAUUGUUAGAGUUGUGCGUUGUAAAAUGUAAUGACAAUUAACUUCGUUAACGAUAAGCAGAAGUAACUACUUGAGUGAAUCAAAAGUAGUAGGGUUUUUAUGUAUUGAAGUUUCAUUUGUACGAAAUUUUACACGUGUAAACUACAGCUAUACACGUAUAAUUAAUGCAGGAAGUUAUAACGAAGCUUAAUAUACUUAACAAACAUAUUAUUACUUAGUUAUACUAAACAUCUUUUGAUACAACAGAUCCGUGCAACACAUUUGUAAUAAUUUAUAAACGAAGAGUAAAUUCAUUUAUUUAUGCCACGAAUAAAUAAGAGAUAGUUACAAAAAAUAUAAUUAAGAACGAUUUUUGCUUAUCGUUUGCGAAAUUUAUUGUAAAAUCUGUAUAUAGGAGUAUUAAAAUAGUUAAAUUUAUAAUAUACUAAUUUAAGUUUAACUGUGACAAUUGUAGCAAUUAUUAAUAUAAUAAGAAGUAUUAUAUUUACCUCAGUGAGCUUACUAUUGCCUCCUAGAUAUGCAAUAUUUGAAAUUAAUGUCUUC